AUGAAUGCUCAAGACAAAAUUGUAACCUUUUUAGAUGGAUAUAUGGGAAAGCUCAAAUUGAUGGCUCAACUAGGAGCCCAGCAAUAUAAUUCACCAAUUGGAAUUCAUUCAUUCACCAAAGAUCUCUUUCGAACCUACAUGUUUCAUUUGACCAAACAAUCGGGUGUAUUUGUUGGCUACUUUAUAUAUUCUCAUCCCUAUUCAGAAAGGUAUGCAGUAACGGUGGUUUCAACAAAUAAUACACUCGUAUAUACCUAUCAGAAUAAUCGAUUUCCUGGCAUCGUUCGAGAUCAAUUGGAUUGGGACUCUGGUUCUGUAAUCAAAGCGAAUUAUUCCAUUGAUCCAACACCUGCCAACUUGACCAAACAAGAAUUUUACGUUUCUGGGUUGGCUAUGACCAAAAGUCUUCAUCAUUGGAGCUCAUAUUGCACUGUCGUAUAUUACCUUACUCUACGAUCCUAUCCAACUUCAACAACAACCUUCGAAAAAGGUUCAAAUUGGCAUGUGUCGAUUGCUUCCUCCAUGGUGCAAGUAAUUGCUGGAAGUAUUACAACCACAACUCCCGAUGGUAAAAACACAUUACCUCUCUUCAACCUGACAGAAAGGAAUGCAGGUAAACUCAUGCAAGAUAUUUACCAUACCUAUCAUGUGGAUUUCUUUGAUUUACCUGAAAAAUUUAAAAUCUCAAGUUUAGGAGUGAAUUACAUUAUCAUGUUGAAGACAUUUUCCUUUGAGAAUAUCAAGUACAAAUUACUGGUUGUGGUCUAUGAAGAUGAAGUGAGCAUGACCAGCUAUAUCAGUAUUGGCGCAUCAUUAGGAGCAGCCAUUCUUGUUGUCAUUCUAGGCAUUUGUUAUGGAAUUGUGUUAAGUCAUGCCAUUACAUCACCCAUUCAAGCAUUGCAACGACAUUUAGAGAGAAUUAAGGUUCUGGAUUUAGAACACCAUACCGGAAUGAAUAAUAAGAAUAGUAUUUUCAAAGAAAUGAAUGAAAUGUGUGAUCAUUUAAAGGUGACCAUUUCAUGGCUCAAAGAAAUUAAGUGUUUCAUUCCAGAUAACGUCUUUCAUCAAUUACGAAUAAGAGCACACGAUCGUUCAUCAGCUUCAUUAACUCUCGAACCAAAUAUGAGAUCCAGUGCACAAAUGAAACCUCAACUACGGGCAUCACAUGAACGAAAACAUCAACACAAACAAUCACUGGAGAAUCAUCAAGAACCAAAUAUGAAUGACCAAAAACAUGAAACUACAUCCAAUUCCAGCUUAACUUCAAGCACAUUAGUCGAGGCAUCUUCACUGUUCAAAAUGGGGCUUUUUAAGAAGACAUGUACGGUUAUUUGCAUUUGCUUGAACUGGGAAACAUCCUGCCAUUCAGACAUUGAGUGUGAAUUACCAAAAAUAGUGAAUACCAUUCGAUCCUUGUGUAAAGUUUUUCAAGCCGUUGUUCAAAUAUCUUCUGUGGAGGAAAUUGUCAUCAUAUUCGAGACAGAUAAACAAUCCAAAAGGAAAAAGAGUGCUUUAGCGGCUGUUGAAUGUGCUUUAAAGAUUAUACGGACAUGUUCUCGCAAUCAUCCCAAGCAACAUGGCCACACUACUACAUCUCAUGAACAAAUUACACUAGAAAGACCUUUUUCAAUGGGAAUUUCCACGAGUGAUGAGUCCUAUGUUGGAAAUUUGGGAUCUCACUCUUUUCGAUUCUAUUCCAUUAUUUCGCAUGCCACUCUUAUUGCAAAAGACUUAGCUUUUAUUGCUCGCUCGAUCAAUGCAACUGCAAUCAUGGAUGAGAAAACUUAUUUGGAAACUAAUAAGCAAUUUGUAUCAAUACCAGUCGAUAGGAUGUGGAUACCAAGUGGCGAAGACGCGACUACUUUUAACGUUUGUUCUGUUUAUGAAUUGUUAAGAGAAAUGGAAGUCAAAGAUGACGAGUGGUUAUACGAAUUGGAGCAAAAGGAUGAUAUUUCUAAAUUUCAACAAUUGCACUCAUUGUUUGACAUUUUCCAAGAACAACAAGACAACAAUCUUGAAGCCAUGUUAAUGAAAAAUGUGUUAUUCUUAAGAGAUCACAUCAUGGCCUAUCCAUCCGAUAGAUCCUAUGUUCGUCUGUUAAAGUUAUUUGAAUUUAUUUUGAAUUCCUCAGGAGUGGGAGAACAAUCCACCGAUACCAAUAACAUGGUGAAGAGUCUUGUUGACAAAUAUUACAUUAGAAUUCAAAGAUCCAUUCUUUGCUCUAUUGAAAACUCGAUCGUUUUUUCCAAGUAA